UUGCUAGUGUUUAAAACUUAUUUAUCAGCCGUAAUUUAACCGGUGUAUAUUUCUUCAACUGCAAAAGAUACCCUGUCACAAUGAAAACACUAGCAGUAUUCUGUGCAGUACUCGCAUUAGCAUCUGCUUACGACCAAUCGAACAUCGUAGGGGCCAGGAUAGAGACGUGUCGCGGAUGCUCGUUGAACAGACUUCCUCAAGUGAAGCAGUUCGUGAUGGAAGACGCGCCGCUGUAUGAGCAUGUAGAAGUGAAGUUCAUCACUGGCGCGGCGCCUGAGGUGGUGCUACUUGGUAAGAACGACCACGAGCUGGAGAGGCUGCCACUCUCCCACUUGGAUCGCAAUGAGUGCAACCAGCUACUUGAGGAAAGAGGGUUCGUAAAGAAUCAAAAGAAAUCCGAGUUCUAGUUU